AUGUCGAAGUUGAACAUCGGAAGGCGCAAAGCCCGGAAACGCAAGCUGAGCAACAAAGAUGGCGACUCUACAACGGAAAAGGCACGGGGUGCUUAUUUACCGAAAAUCAGCUUUCAGCAAGCCUGUACCAUCGCGCCCGCCCAUUCGGCCGGCAAUCCAGGAGCUCCAGAAGCAAAGAGCGGUGUGUUACUGCCGACGCGUGACGCAGCCGCCCAACAACUUGCCAUUGGUCUUCGUGCUCAGGAGUUUGUGAUUAUUGAGGGAGCUGUUGGGAGCGGCAAGAGUUUCCUCGCGCAUUUCGUUGCCGGAGAGCUCGGACUGCCCGUGAAUGUGCUGCAAAUGGGAGAUCAACUCGAUUCGAAGAGUCUUUUUGGCACGUAUUAUGGAACCGAAGUGGCCGGCCAGUUCAAGUGGUCUCCAUCGCCACUCGCGGAGUGGCUGACGAUGCCCUGCGUGAUCCUGGUGGAAGAUCUGGAUCUGGCGAAUGCUGAUGUCGUAUCGGCGCUCAUCGGCCUGUGCGAAGAACGAACAUAUGUGAUGCCGUCGGGCCGAUGCGUUGAGCUGAAUGCUAGGGCAACUCUAGUGGCAACGCUCUCCGGCAGCGGUAAACGCAAUUCUUCGAUCGAUGGUUUGCCGUAUCGAGUGGCUCUGUCGCCGUUCACGGAUGCUGAAUUGAUUCGUCUCAUCAAAACCAGUCUGCCGCGCAUCUCCAGUAUUGCCAGCAGCCUAUGCAAGGUAUUUCGGGAUGUGGAAAGCCUGCCGAUGACAAGCAACGCGCGCCAGCUGAACACUACAGACUUCUUGCGUGGGUGUGGCCGCGUGGCCCAACUUUUUGAUCUCUCCGACAACAUGGCCAUUUUUGCCGAAUUGGUUGAUUGCUGGGGAUUGGCUGACCCGGAACCAAGAUCUUCGAUAAUAUGUGGACGAAUUGCGGCUUCAUUGAGCAUCUCAACAGAACACAAGUCAUCUGGAGAAAACGUCAAACUUUGCGAUGGGUCCCAGCACAAACUGGGCCACACAAAAGACGUGCUGCAGCUGAUGGAGCGUAUUGCAUUGGCUGUUCAAUGGAAAGAACCAAUGCUACUGGUGGGCGAAACGGGUGUUGGCAAGACCUCCGUCGUCCAAGCGAUCGCGAAUACGGUCGGAAAGAACCUGCGAGUGGUCAAUCUUAGCCCAACAUCCGACCCAGAUGAAUUGAUUGAAGGGUACAAACCUACAACAAUUGCCCAGCUGCUCGAGCCAUUUACGCAUUUUUACGACGAGCUCUUCAAAAAUUCGUUCGAUGCAAAGAAAAAUGCGGCUUUCUUGGGCCAUGUUCAGACGUGCUUGACCACGGGAAGAUAUAUGGAUUAUCUGACGGUUGUGGAGGUCACUGCGCAAAAAGCUUUGGACAAGAAAGCUGCGGACCGUCUGCCGAAGCACUUACUACCCAAGUGGGCGGAGGCCCUCGUGCGUUCGCGACGGAUACGAGAAGGCCUGCGGAAGGGCGCAUCGCCGUUUGCUCUGCAAAAGGGCAUCGUUAAGGAGGCAUCGGAACGGGGAGAUUGGCUUCUGAUCGAUGAGAUCAACCUGGCAUCUCCUGAAUGUUUGGACGCGAUUAUCCAUUCGAUCAGCAAUUCGCACCCUGACUUUCGCCUCUUUGCCUGCAUGAAUCCAGCGACGGACACCGGAAAGCGGAGGCUGCCAACCAGCGUCCGGACAAAAUUCAUUGAAUGCUAUGUGGCUGAGACGACGGAGCCGUUCCAAAUUCAAUUGAUCAUCUCGGCUUACCUACCAACGCUACGGCCGGAGGUCACGCAAAAGAUCACCAACUUUUAUCUCAGCUCCAAGGGCCUCUUUCCGGGGUGCUACAGUCUUCGGACUCUCUGCCGUGCCCUUUUGUUCGCUUCUGACAAUCUAUUCGGAAAUAUGGACCGUUCUCUGCUAGAAGCUAUUCAGAUGGCUUUUUUGUCCAAUCUUGAUUCAGAUGACAAGGCUAAAAUGCGCUCGAACAUAAGUUCCGCCUUCCCAAGUUCGACGACGAUCAAGAUUAGCGUCCCUGAAGACGGACAUCAUUAUACGGAGGUGGAAGGUUACUGGAUCCGAACGGGCACUGAGCUACCACGAAAAGAUGAUGCCUAUGUGAUCACAAAGACAGUGAGGGAGAAUCUUUCGGAGAUCAGCAGAAUUGUGUGCAGUGGCCGAUUCCCGGUACUCCUCGAAGGCGAGACUUCGGUCGGCAAGACAUCGAUUGUCUGCCAUCUCGGCGCAAUCACCGGCAACAAGAUCAUCAGAAUCAACAACCACGAGCAUACCGAUAUUCAAGAAUAUAUGGGCUCUUAUGUGGCAGACAAUUCGGGUCGACUGGUCUUUAGCGAAGGAGCAUUGGUGAGGGCUGUCAAGGAAGGCAGCUGGGUGAUCCUGGACGAGCUCAAUCUGGCGCCAACUGAUGUCAUCGAAGCCCUCAACCGGCUUCUCGACGAUAACCGCGAACUAUUUAUCCCGGAGCUGAACAAGCAGAUCUCAGCGUAUUUUAGAGCUCUUCUGUCGCGCUUUGUGGUUCUUCGCUUUCCGCAUCUGCCCUUCGAUGAACUGUCUCAUAUGGUAUGCGCCCGUUGUUCCGUCCAUCCAUCGGCCGCCAAUAAGAUGAUUGCUGUUUUAACGGAACUGAGAAUGCGUCGUUCCCUGUCUGGCCUUUUCUCGGCUAGGGAUGGGCUGAUGACGCUGCGUGACGUCUUCAGAUGGGGCAAACGCCUUUCGACAGACUCACAGGAAGACGACUGGCUCCAGGCGCUCGCCAACCAUGGCUUCUUUUUGUUGGCUGGUCGAUGCCGAAAUCCGAAGGACAGCAAGACAGUGGUUGAGACGCUCGAAAAGGUGCUGAAACGGAAAAUUGAUGACGUCAGCCUGUUCGCGGCUGAUUCCAAGUAUUUCCCGAAAGACCUACAGACGCACGAUGUUGUGUUGACCAAGGGGAUGCGCAAAAUGCUCGUCAUGACUUAUCAAGCUUGGCUUCGCGACGAAGCUGUUUUGGUCAUUGGGGAGACUGGGGGCGGCAAGACGACGUUGGCCGAGAUGAUCAGCCGUGGAAAUAUGCUGACGUUGAACUGCCACGAAAGAACGGAAACUGCCGACCUUUUGGGAAGGCUCAGGCCUCGCGAAUCCGGAGGUUUUGAAUGGUGCGAUGGAGUCGUCGUGUCUGCAAUGAAACAAGGCGCCGCUCUGCUCGUGGACGAGAUUUCUUUGGCAGAAGAUUCGGUUCUUGAACGCCUGAACCCGUUGUUUGAGGAAAACCGAUCCCUUUUACUUUCCGACGCCGGUGUCGAGACCACUUCGAUUGCCGCUGCACCGGGUUUCCAGCUAAUUGCCACAAUGAACCCGGGCGGAGACUACGGCAAAAAAGAGCUGUCAAAAGCUCUACGCAAUCGAUUCACCGAAGUCUGGACGUCGUGCGAAUUCGAGACUGAUGAGCUGGCCGAAAUUUGCGAAUUGCGUCUACGAAAGCAGGUCCGGAUCGGGGCUGAUGAUCGUCAUUUUGUGUCCACGGCUCUCAUCACCUGGAUCGCCAACUUUUACGAAAAAUUCUCGCACGUAUUCCGGCAUUUACCCUCCGUGCGUGACCUUGUCGCCUGCACCGACUUGUAUGCCGCAGCGGUCAACCACGGUCUUGGAAGAAACUUGGCGAUCAUUGGAGCGAUUCAUUGCUGUUUCCUUGAUGGCCUUUCGACGCUUCCCACCCGGUUCGCCGUCGAUUCGGAUGAAAUCAAGCGCAUUGGAAACGAAAUGAUCGCAGCUAUCUUGUCGACGGACGUGACGACCAUUUCCGAGCCCGUAUCGGUCAAAAUUGCUCCGACGCAACUUGAAAUUGGUCCAUUGGCUGUUCCAUUCGGCCGCCUUGACUCACGCCCGCCGCCCAACUUUUCCUUCAACGCACCGACCUGCGUGUCCAAUUUGUAUCGUGUGGCACGGGGUCUACUCAUCAGAAAACCGAUUCUUUUGGAGGGACCGCCAGGCAGUGGAAAAAGUAGCUCGGUCAUGGCCCUCGCGCAAGUUACUGGCCAUCCCAUUACUCGAGUCAAUCUCUCCGAGCAGACAGAUCUUUCCGAGCUAUUUGGAUGUGACGUUCCUGUUUUUCUCGACGACGGCGUCGUAUCGUUCAAAUGGCAAGACGGUCCGGUAUUGCGCGCGAUCAAGGCCGGCGAAUGGGUGCUGUUGGACGAGAUGAAUCUGGCUUCCCAAUCCGUUUUGGAGGGUCUGAACGCGUGCUUUGAUCACCGGGGCGUCGUCUACAUUCCGGAGAUCAACAAGACAUUCCAGAUACCCUCCGGCUCUGACGUUCGCUUCUUCGCCUGUCAGAAUCCACAAGCCCAAGGCGGCAAUCGACGCGCCUUGCCCAAAUCGUUCAUCAACCGUUUUACCACGAUAUGGGUCGACGACUUGACAGCCAACGACAUCUUCCUGAUUUUGCGCGAGAACGAACUGGCCGCUGGCAUUGACGAGGGCACCCUGCGGUCUAUGAUCUCGGUGAACGAAGAAAUGGGGCGUGCUGCGUUUCGAGGAGGACCCUUCACAUUCAAUCUACGUGAUUUGCUGCGCUGGAUCGAGGCUUACUGUGCGACACACAACGCUGCAUCGACAUUCAUGACGCUGUACAGCGCCCGCUUGAGGAAUUCGGGAGAUAGAGAAACGGCAUCGGAAAUAUUUGCGAAGUUUUUUGACGUCCGCCCAUGCUUGGUUCCGGCCAUGAUUUCGUGUGAUGAAUCUGCAUUGCUGAUCGGAGAUCGGCAAGUGUCGAAAACAGCGACCACUGAUGGAACAAACGCCGCGAACACAUUGUCCCUGCUGCCGACACAAAAGGUGCUUCUUUAUCAACUGGCUGCUUGCGUCAAAUUCGGAUGGUUGUCACUGCUCGUCGGUCCCAGAAACUCGGGAAAGCGUUCCGCCAUUACGACGUUGGCAACACUCACGGGCGCAACGCUGAAGACGAUAUCGCUGAAUGCAGAGACGGAUGCUCAAGAGUUGAUCGGAAGCUAUGAGCAGAUUCUUGACAACACGCAUCUUACAAAGGCUAAGGAGGCUCUACUGGCACUUUUCAAGUCGAAACUCGACGAUAAGAACCGACGGGCCGUUCAGGCAGCCGAUAGUCUUGUUAGUCUCGAGACUGCCGUCGAGUUGGCCCUGGCUUCAUUGGAGAACGAUGUGACGCUGAGUGAACAGUGUCAUUCUAUUUUGAAGGCUGCGGCGAGCUCGGAUAUGCGAUUCGCCUGGGUGGAUAGUCAAUUUGUGCGCGCGUUUCUGGAGGGGCACUGGCUGUUGGUUGAAGAUGUCAAUUUGUGCAGUGGGGCUGUGCUCGAUCGUCUGAAUAGCUGUCUCGAAGCCGGUGGAACAUUGGUCGUUGCUGAAAGGGGCGACUUUGUCCCGCUUCGCCCGCAUCCAAACUUCCGAAUCUUUUUCGCGAUGGACACUUUGAACGGAGAGGUCUCAAGGGCAAUGCGGAACCGUAGCGUCGAAAUCUUCGUUGAACAAGACUGGGCUUCCGACAUUUGUGAUUCGCUGGCGGUGCUCCGAUCUAUGGCCGAUCGGUCUUUUGAAGUCCCGACCAAGUUGAUCUACUCCCUGUCCACCCUGGAAAGUCAGCAACUUCUACGCCUCGGCGUUCUGUUGAAGGAAAUCGGGUUUGAAGACGCUCUUCGUCAUCUGGGUGUUCCCGUCGAAGAUCUGGAACCCUACAUUGGGCCGCUCUCGGUGCCGAUUAGCGUCUCCGCUGCCAUGUCGACCUCCGGGCUGAUGAAAUGGACCUGUGAUCAAUGGGAUCUGGCUGGACAGGGUGAACCUCAUCUCUACAUGCUGUUGAUGGCCUUGGCGGGCAGCAAGAUGACGCUGGUAUCUAUGGCUUCAGAAGGUUCAUUGCUAGGCCGACAGCUGUAUACCCGGCUCGCUGCUCAGCUCGAAGAUUUGAAGACGACAAACAACCCCAUCGACGGACGAUUCAACGGCGUCUUACGGAGCGAAAAUCGGAAGAUGGUCUUCGCGAUUACUCUGUUGAAAGAAUGGUGCCUUCGCCUUGUCGACUCGGAAUUCCUCCACGAAAAUUCUGCCGAAGCCCUUUCUACAACGCUUACUAAAUACGAACUGUCCAACCACGAAUUGACCUUUAAUGGGCUUCAUCAGAUCGCGCCAUUGCUACAAGCUGUGUGUCAUUACUUGAAAUCGGACAAGAUGCCGGAUGAGGAAGACGAAGAGAAGAUAGUGGCGUUCCUGCUACACUUACUGGCCUUUUCCGUGGAAGCCCGCAAGGAGCUGUCAAUGCGUUUUGGCUCAGCUCCUUUGUACAUCGCUUGGUCCGCCAUGCAGUCGGCCAGUUUCAACAGCUCCGUGGAGUUGAAACAGAACUUCUUGGCAAUGUCGUCGGUAUGGUCUCGAGAAUCGCACGAAGCAUUCGUCCGUGAAUAUCUGGUCGCCUAUGAAGCAGCGCGACCUGUUGACGGCUUUGAGACGCAGGCUUCUUCCGAGGAAUUUGUGAACCAGCUCUCCACAACCGUCGCUGAAAUGGAAAUGGAAAUGCCCGAAUCCCCCUUGGCCUUCGUCGAAAAACUCCUGCAACGGACCAUCAAGAUUGCGCACUUCAUUCGGGCGAACGGUUGCCAGCAAUUUGAUGAGAUUGCCAACGAAUAUUCGGACUUGAAGGCACUGUCGCAUCUGAAUUGGCGCGGUGAGGUACCGAGACGGAUCGCCAGAAUUGCCGCACUGUGCAACCAGUCUUAUUUUGGAGACACGGCGGUGGUCGAGCUUGCCAAUUUGAGCCCAUUUUUCGAAAUAAACAAUGCACUAUGGGCGGCGUUGGGAUACGAUGCGACCAUGUCGGAAUUGAAGGUCCGUGAUCUGAAAAUGUUCUCAUUGGAUGAAAUGCGCGACAAUUUCUGGAGACUGGCGGCUAAUUCCGGGGCGAUCCAACGUUCUAUCGGGAGCGAAUUGCAAAGGAUGCUGGACGGUUUCGAGGGAUGGACAAGUGGCGGGGAGGUUCUGGAAGUCGACUGGACUGGCAGAUUGGCGGCCGGUCUGACACUGAUGAAGAAGGCUUGCCCGCCCCCGGAGACAAUGGAUCCGAUCGUCUUCGAGGAAGCCAGCGAGAAAUAUCUGCUCGACUCGCUGAACGUUGUGGAGGGACAGCUGGAUUGUUUGGCCCGUUUCCGCCGACUCACAACGGCGCAGUCACCAGAAUGCGACGCAAAUUCGCCGCACCCAUUUAUCGGCUAUUUGUGGCGGCGAAGACAAGCACUUCGAGACGAGAUCGACGGACGGCGCACUUCGCAACGAUACUGCAUCUAUCGCCAAAAUGCUGCCGAAUACGCGAGAAUGAUUGCCGAGCUCCAAUCGUUCAUCUUGCUGACGGCCGAGACUGCUGAGCGAGCGCGUUCAAAUGCGGAGAGCGCACUGCUUUGUCUGUUU